AUGCAAGCCACGAGUGAGGAGCUGUUCAUUAACCUGUGCUCUACCGAUCAUAUGGACUUCGUAUUUAAAGGAGUAUCAUAUAAAAAGCAGCUAGAGGCUGCCCGCAAGGCAACAGGUUCACUCUGCGCGAUGCAUGUUUACCACGUUAAAGAACCUGUAGAAUAUAUACGGGCUGUACAGGAAUUCGCAUUCAUGGGCGGGUCACUGGGAUGCGCAGAGGGAGAAAAACUCUCCCGUGCCUGUGAGUAUUGCGUGGAGCACUGCAUGCCCCUGGUGAUCGAGGCAGCAUCUGGCGGGGUUCGAAUGCAAGAAGGAGUUGUGGCGCUGAUGCAGAUGGCAAACACAACGUCUUGCAUUGAAAGCGUGAAGCAGGCGGGCAUUCCUGUAAUAGUGGUAAUAAAAGACCCGUGCUAUGGAGGGACAAGUGGAAGCUUCGCGACGCUGGGGGACCUUACGUUUGGCAUCAAAGGAAGCCGCUUUGGAUUCGCAGGCCAGAACGUCAUAAAGAACACCAUAUUCAAUGGAAGUAAUGAGGCGUUCGAUCGUAGUGUUCCGGCAGGGUUUCAGACGACGGACAGAGCUGCUGCAACGGGAGCGAUAGAUCAGCUCUUCGACUCACUUGAGAGUGCAUAUGCGAGCAUUCAUGGUAUCCUGGAAGUCCUUAUUCAACGAAAGGGGAUGCAAAGCGUGGAGGCAGCAGCUAAGACUGCACUGCUGCGAUUAACGGGUGUCCCCCAUGGGGCCGAAGUGGACACAGAAGACGCCUUUCUUGUACAGGAUGCUUUCGUCUAUAGGGAUGCCAGAAAUGUAACUCGCCCGCAACCAUGUGACUAUUUGAAGAACUUUGUUGACAUGGCCGCAAGCCUUCGUGUGGACAAGUGCAUCACUGUUGCGUUUGGUGUCUUUGCAGACACCCUCCCUGUGAUUGCUAUUGCUACAUCUCGUGAAGAUGUACUAGACCCCGAGGCAGGAUUGGGGUCUCCCACUGGCUACCGUUUUGCUGCCCGAGCAAUCUACCUUGCUAAUAGAUUGAGUAUCCCUGUCAUAACACUGGUAGACACUGCUGGUGCGCUUCCUUCUCCAGAAGCCGAAGAGCAAUGCCAAUCAAGAGCAAUUUCAGAGUGCCUACUGGCCUUCCAGGCUGUGCAUGUUCCAAUUAUAAGUAUUAUUACUGGAGAGGGUGGAUCAGGAGGCGCACUAGCUCUGGCUGGGGGAAACUAUGUGGGAAUUCUAUCGAAGGCAUUCUACAAUGUGAUAAGUCCAGAAGGAGCUGCUUCAAUCUUGCAGCCAUCUGUAUAUCGGAACAAUACUGCAGAAAUGAGGGCGAACUUCAUCAGCGAUGCUGAACUACUUGCACAUGUGCAGAGGUGCUAUCCUAUUGAUCUAAGAAACGCAGGAGUCGUGAAUGAUAUCAUCGUCGGCCCUGAGUACUCAGAGACAAGAGACGCUUGCAAGGAUACCAGCAAUAGAAUUGCCGUCUUUGUGGCCAGGAUGCUCAUCAAGUGCUCUCAAAUUAAAAACCUGAAAAAGCAUAGGAAUAUUCGAUACCGUAACCUGAGUGUCUUCGAUGAGUUAACUACAGAAAGGGCACAGCAGUGGGUUGCCCAGUUAAAGGGUCUAAAAAUCGUUUCUUCAAAACUCGAAAGGGCUACAGAGUUAACAGAAACACAGCAAGAGCACUUAGAACAGCUUAAGAGGGUAACGCUAUAUCUAACUGACGUGGCACAUCUCAAAGGGAGCAAGUUAUUUGAUGUACUGAACAACAGUAAGACUUCGUUGCCUCCAGUUAAAGAGCCGUGUAAUAUUACAGUGCCAAACACCAUAAUCAACAGGCUCAGCUUCCGGAUCUCAGAUCAUCCGAUCACCUGCAAGUCCAUUCUCAAGAGCCAAGGGCCAGAAGCAGUCUGCAAGUAUAUAAUCGAGUCUGGACGAUUGUUCUACACUGAUACAACGUUUCGAGAUGCCCACCAAUCAUUGCUUGCCACCAGGCUUCGAACCAGAGAGCUCAUAGAGGGGGCUAUUUUGUUACAGAAUACGUCAAUCCCCUCGAUAGAUAAGACACCUCUUUUUAGUGUUGAGUGCUGGGGAGGAGCCACCUUUGAUACGUCGCUUCGAUUUCUUGAUGAGAAUCCUUAUGACCGUCUGAAGCUCUUUACUGAGGCCAUGCCACACACGUUGACUCAGAUGCUCUUUCGGGGCGCAAAUGCAGUGGGUUACACGGCGUAUGAGAGGAGCUUCAUCGAGCAAUUCAUAAUCAAAACAGCGGACGCCGGCUUAGAUGUGUUUCGUGUAUUUGAUGCAUUCAAUAGCCUACAGCAAAUGGAGGUUGCGGUGGAUACCAUUCUUUCUAGGUGUCAAAAAUCAAUCUGUGAGAUUUGCAUAUGUUUCACAGGAGAUUUUCUAGAUACAACUAAAAGGGAAAACAUAUAUACGCUAGACUACUACAGUAAUCUGUGCAGUGAAAUAGUUGCUCGCUGGCCGAAUUUCCAUAUUCUCUGCAUAAAGGACAUGGCAGGACUGCUCAGACCCGCACAUGCAGCACCCCUAGUAGCCAGGAUCAAGGAGGCCAUUGGACCCACCAAGCCGAUUCAUUUUCAUACCCAUGACACCAGUGGAGCAGGCAUAAGCACAUGUCUUGCCAUGGCAAAAGCGGGUUGUCAUAUCAUUGACCUAGCAUCAAGUUCACUGGCGGGAUCAACAUCUCAACCGUCCUUGCAAACAUUUCUUCAGGUUCACUCUACAGAAGAAAGACUCUACCAGGCUAAUCAUGAGCAUGUAGAAUGUAUACCGCGAUUCUUCAAAUUGGGUGACUGUUGCGGAGAUAUUAUUGAGGCCCUAAGUGUGUAUGACAGUUAUUGGAGAAUGCUACGCAAGGAGUAUAGGGAGCUAGACACAAACUUUACAGCACCCUCUCCAGAUGUGUACAAACACGAAAUGCCGGGUGGACAACUUACUAAUCUUUAUCAGCAAUGUUGCGAGAUGGGUCUGGAAUACCGAUGGAAUGAGGCUGUGGAUAUAUAUGCAAGAUGUAACGCCGAACUAGGAUUUCUGAUAAAAGUAACCCCUUCGUCAAAAGUUGUCGGGGAUUUAGCACUAUUUCUGCUUGCAAAAAAUCUCGAACCAGAAGUUCUACGAGAUAAGCAAAAGUCUCAGACAAUUGACUGGCCCGAUUCUUUAGUCAAUCUACUAAAAGGGAAACUAGGGCUCCCCCAUCACGGAUUCCCUCUGCAUGUGGUGAAGCAUGUGUUGAAGCUGUCAGAAGCUGAUGCUAGGGCCCACCUACAAUCUCUCGAGCAGUCGUACAGGAGCGCCAGUACAGAACUAGAAGCCUCACAGCAGACUCAUAGAUAUACACAAGAAAACAAUACUGCAGUUGAAGGCGCAUCCUUUACUGCAGAAGAUGCAGAAAUCCUGUGCAGCACGAUGUACCCUAAGCCAUAUACCCAGUUUCGUGAGAGAAUAGAGAAAUAUUCAGAUCUCUUGUGGCUCAUGCCUUCCAGUGUAUAUUGUAAGGGACUCACAGUGGGAGAGAGUUGCUGGUUCUUGUUUGAAACAGGAAUAGUAGGCUCUAUCACACUUUCAAGGGUUCAAAAUACGGAUCUACAGAAGACAGAGAGGAAGUUUGAAUUUAUCAUGGAGUUAUUUGAGGCUGGCGAUCUAGUCGAACCGUCCACCAUGAGCAGGAUCACUUUCAAGGAUCCAUCCAGGUUGAUGCUUAAGCAAAUAUUAUCUCAUAAGCACACAUGCAAGUAUAAGUAUUCCAUACCAAAUCAAACGUGUUGCCCAAUGGCAGACGUGAACGACGAGACCCAUGUUGCAGCAUCUAUACCAGGGGUUGUGGAGAAGCUCCUCGUUAUGGUCGGCCAGGAGGUCAAAAAGGGUGAUGCGCUACUGCGCAUUGGCAGUGCCAAGUUGGACCUAGUCCUAACUGCACACCGCAAUGGACGCAUCAACGAGAUAAUGUGCCACCAAAAUAUGCCGGUUAUGCCGGGGUCACUUCUUCUCGUGGUAAGCUGA